UCAGUCACAUCUCCUCUGGACUUAACUCGCAGCAGGAUCAAAUCUCGGUGGCAUUAACGCAGAAUGGAUGUGAAACUGCUGGCACUGGUCGUUGCGCUCACGGUGGUGACAUAUGCGCCUUCAUCACAAGCAAAGCCCAUCAGCCUGGUGGAGAGAUGCUACUGCCGCUCCAGCGUCAACAGCCUCCCUCGAUCCUACAUCCGAGAGCUUAGGUUCAUCCACACGCCAAACUGCCCUUUCCAAGUGAUUGCCAAGCUGAAGUCAAACAAAGAGGUGUGUGUGAACCCAGAGAUCCGGUGGCUGCAGCAGUACCUGAAGAACGCUAUCAACAAGAUGAAGAAAAACAAGCAGAACAUUUAAAAGCCUGCAGAGAUCCUCAUUAGUCAUCACUGAGGAUUUGUACCAUUGUAAGAUCAUCUGGUAUGUUGUACAGCACUUACCCAGGCUGCCACGCUGCAGCGGCAUUUUGCAUGGAAUGAAUCUACAACACAAUGAAGCCCUGCCACUGUCUUCAUGGUCACAACUCUUACUACGUAUAGAGGUCACAGAUGUUAUCAGUGUGAAGUGCAAUUAUAUCUGUGAGUGUAUGUUUUUUUUUUUUCCUCACUAUAAUGUAAAGAGCUAUUUUCGGAGACUUUCUCAUCCCUUCAUUUAGGUAAAAGAACUGACCACAGGUCAGGUUUAAGUUCAUCUGGUCUUUUUUUCUCCACAAAAUAUACAAGUCAGUUUGCAAAAGACUCAUUUAGCCUUCUGAGCCAGGAGAAAAUAGAUUCAUUAAAACUUAUCCUAACCCAAACGUCUGUUAUGUAAAAUCUCACAAUUUAUCUAAAAAGCAAAGCGUUUGGUUUUGUCAUCUACAAACUGAGGAAUGGGCUCAGCUGCAGGCUUUGCCAAGUUGUAUACCAUGUUUCACUCUAAUUAGUGGAAUUUUCUGCAGUGCCAGCAAUCCCCCAGAAUGUAUAUACCGUUAAAACGUAUACAAGACCCUAGUAAAAAUGGCAAUUACAAUGUUUUUGUGAUGGAAAUUAGCAUGCCAAAGGAGCUCGAGCAUUUCCGGAGCUAUUCUGUGGCUAUAAUUAUAAUGUGAUCCAUCCAUCCAUCCAUCUUCUAAUGCUUUAUCCUCUACAUGAGGGUCGCGUGCCAAUCUCAUCUUACAUAGGGCGAUAGGCGGGGUAAACCCUGGACAGAUCGCCAGUCCAUCACAGGGCCACAUAGAGACAAACAACCAUCCACUCACACUCUCACAUAAUGUGAUCCCAUGUUACCUAAGUUGACAUUUAUCAUUAAAUCAGCAUAAAGAAGAGAUUAGCCAAUGUUAAAAGAUGGAUGUCAGUUCAAAUAACCUCUGUGGAUAUCCACUUUAAAGAGUGCUAUGGGUGAGAAAGUAUAGUUCAGUUACUGACAACUAAUAGAUGUACAUAUAUAUUACUACUACCUACAACUGUCAUGCAAAUAGCAAUGCACUUUAUAGCUGAUGUAUUGAUAUUUUAACAUCACUUUUUUUUUUUUUUUACUAUCGCUCACUAUGUCUGAUCAUUAAAUCCUGUCUUUGUCUUUUUUUUUUUGUUUCACGUCUGUCUUGCUCGUCCUCUUCUGUUCUUUUUCAUCAAUGAAUGUGCAGCUGCAUUUAGGGAAAAUAUGUCCAUGUACUCAUCUGAAUCGUCUUGUCACAUGUAAAAUUAUUAAUGAUACAAAAAAAUGUUUUAUUUUUGUACACUUUAAUGCAUUUAUAUAGUCAGUGCAAACAUUAAAUGAAGGAACUGUACUCACACAA